GGGCCAGCCCUGCUUCGCCUGGGUCGCCGGCUGACGCGCGCUGCAGUCGGAGGCUGAGCCGCGCCGGGACAAGGGACGGCGCACGGCUGCCGGAGGUACAGCUUCGUCGGAGACUGAAGGCACCGGCGCUCGGGGUCGCGCGGUGGGCGCGGCGUAAGAAAGAAUCUUUGUGAUACUCCACACUUGUGUGCCGAAGACUGUAACCAAAUCUGUUCUCAGGAGUUGGCAUCCUGGGAAAAGAACAGCUUCCGGGGUCAAGGAAAUUUUGGGGAGGUUCCUGGCCUGGUGGAUCUUUGAAGAGGAAUGCUAAGAAGACUUUUGGUUUAAAGAAGUCAAAGGAAGAGCAAUUUCUUCAGAUAGGAAGAUCUUCUUCAAAGUUUCCUGCAUGAGAAUUACUGAAACACUACACACAGAUCUUUUGUGAAAGAAGAAAAGGAAAUUCAGCUUGUGUGGCUCAGCAGGAGCUCAGCUAAUGCAGCUUAAAAUAAUGCCGAAAAAGAAGCGCUUAUCUGCAGGCAGAGCGCCGCUGAUGCUCUUCCUAUGCCAGAUGAUUAGUGCACUGGAAGUCCCUCUUGAUCCAAAACUUCUUGAAGACUUGGUACAACCACCAACCAUCACUCAACAGUCUCCAAAAGAUUACAUUAUUGACCCUCGGGAGAAUAUUGUAAUCCAGUGUGAGGCAAAGGGGAAACCUCCUCCAAGCUUUUCCUGGACCCGAAAUGGGACUCAUUUUGACAUAGAUAAAGACCCUCUCGUCACCAUGAAGCCUGGCUCAGGAACCCUCACAAUCAACAUCAUGAGCGAGGGGAAAGCAGAGACCUAUGAGGGAGUCUAUCAGUGUACAGCCAGGAACGAACGUGGGGCUGCGAUUUCUAAUAACAUUGUCAUCCGUCCAUCCAGGUCACCGUUGUGGACCAAAGAAAAGCUUGAACCAAUAACACUUCGAAAUGGCCAGUCUUUGGUCCUUCCCUGCAGACCACCAAUUGGGUUACCACCACCCAUAAUAUUCUGGAUGGAUAAUUCCUUUCAAAGACUUCCACAGAGUGAGAGAGUUUCCCAAGGUCUGAAUGGAGACCUUUACUUUUCCAAUGUGCUCCCAGAGGACACCCGGGAAGACUACAUCUGUUACGCCAGAUUUAAUCAUACUCAAACCAUCCAGCAGAAGCAACCAAUUUCUGUUAAGGUGAUUUCAGUGGAUGAAUUGAAUGACACUAUAGCUGCUAAUUUGAGUGACACUGAGUUUUAUGGUGCUAAAUCACAUAGACAGAGGCCACCAACAUUUUUAACUCCAGAUGGCAAUACAAGUCGCAAAGAGGAAUUAAGAGGAAAUGUCCUUUCCCUUGAGUGCAUUGCAGAAGGGCUGCCUACCCCAAUUAUUUACUGGAUAAAAGAAGAUGGAACACUCCCCAUCAAUCGGACAUUUUAUAGGAACUUUAAGAAAACUCUGCAAAUUGUUCAGGUUACAGAAGCAGACUCUGGAAAUUACCAGUGUAUAGCCAAAAAUUCAUUAGGAACCAUCCAUCAUACCAUUUCCGUCACAGUUAAAGCGGCUCCAUACUGGAUCAUAGCACCUCAGAAUCUUGUGCUGUCCCCUGAAGAGGAUGGAACCCUCAUCUGCAGAGCAAAUGGCAACCCAAAACCCAGAAUUAGCUGGUUAUCAAAUGGAGUCCCGAUAGAAAUUGCCCCUGAUGACCCCAGCAGAAAAAUAGAUGGCGACACCAUUAUUUUUUCCAAAGUUCAAGAAAGAUCAAGUGCAGUGUAUCAGUGCAAUGCCUCUAACGAAUAUGGAUAUUUACUGGCAAAUGCAUUUGUGAAUGUGCUGGCUGAGCCACCACGAAUCCUUACAUCUGCAAACACACUCUAUCAGGUCAUCGCAAACAGACCUGCCUUACUGGACUGUGCCUUCUUUGGGUCUCCUCUGCCUGCCAUCGAGUGGUUUAAGGACGCUAAAGGGAGUGCUCUUCGUGAAGAUAUUUAUGUUUUACAUGAAAAUGGAACUUUGGAAAUUCCUGUGGCCCAGAAGGACAGUACGGGAACUUAUACAUGUGUUGCACGGAAUAAGUUAGGAAUGGCAAAGAAUGAUGUUCACCUGGAAAUCAAAGAUCCAACAAGGAUCAUUAAACAGCCUGAAUAUGCAGUUGUGCAAAGAGGGAGCACUGUGUCCUUUGAAUGCAAAGUGAAACAUGAUCACACCUUAAUCCCCACUGUCAUGUGGCUGAAAGACCAUGGGGAACUGCCCAAUGAUGGAAGGUUCACUGUUGACAAGGACUAUUUGGUGGUCGCUGAUGUCAACGAUGAUGAUGGUGGGACCUACACAUGUGUGGCCAACACAACUCUGGACAACGUUUCGGCCAGUGCUGUGCUUAGCGUUGUCGCUCCUACUCCAACUCCAGCUCCCAUUUACGAUGUCCCAAAUCCUCCCUUUGAUUUAGAAUUGACAGAUCAACUCGACAGGAGUGUUCAGCUGUCAUGGACCCCAGGCGAUGACAACAAUAGUCCUAUUACAAAAUUCAUCAUUGAGUAUGAAGAUGCAAUGCAUGAGCCAGGGCUGUGGCACCACCAAGCUGAAGUUCCUGGAACACAGACCACAGCCCAGCUGAAGCUGUCGCCCUAUGUCAACUACUCCUUCCGAGUGAUGGCGGAAAACAACCUGGGGAGGAGUCUGCCCAGCGAGGCAUCUGAGCAGUAUUUGACUAAAGCUGCAGAACCUGAUAAAAAUCCCACAGCGGUGGAAGGGCUGGGAUCAGAGCCAGAUAAUUUGGUGAUUACAUGGAAGCCCUUGAAUGGUUUUGAAUCUAAUGGGCCAGGCCUUCAGUACAAAGUUAGCUGGCGCCAGAAGGAUGGCGAUGAUGAAUGGACGUCUGUGGUUGUGGCGAAUGUAUCCAAAUACAUUGUCUCGGGCACCCCAACCUUUGUUCCAUACCUGAUCAAAGUUCAGGCCCUGAACGAUGCAGGGUUUGCCCCAGAGCCAGCUGCGGUCAUGGGACAUUCUGGAGAAGACCUUCCAAUGGUGGCUCCUGGGAAUGUGCAUGUCAACGUGGUAAACAGCACCUUAGCUGAGGUGCACUGGGACCCUGUACCUCUGAAAAGUAUCCGAGGACACCUGCAGGGCUAUCGGAUUUACUACUGGAAGACGCAGAGUUCAUUGACAAGAAACAGACGCCAUAUUGAAAAGAAGAUCCUUACUUUCCAGGGCAGCAAGACUCAUGGCAUGUUGCCUGGGCUGGAGCCCUUUAGCCACUACACACUGAAUGUCCGUGUGGUCAAUGGGAAAGGGGAGGGCCCAGCCAGCCCUGACAAGGUCUUCAAUACUCCGGAAGGAGUCCCCAGUGCUCCGUCCUCUUUGAAGAUUGUUAAUCCAACACUAGAUUCUCUCACUUUGGAAUGGGAGCCACCAAGCCACCCGAAUGGCAUUUUGACAGAGUAUACCUUAAAAUAUCAGCCAAUUAAUAGCACACAUGAAUUAGGCCCUCUGGUAGAUCUGAAAAUUCCUGCCAACAAGACCCGCUGGAUUUUAAAAAAUUUAAAUAUCAGCACUCGGUAUAAGUUUUAUUUCUAUGCGCAGACAGCAGCAGGAUCAGGAAGUCAAAUAACUGAAGAAGCAAUAACAACUGUGGAUGAAGGUAAGCUGGCUGGUAUUCUCCCACCUGAUGUAGGUGCAGGCAAAGUAUACCCCAGGAUCAGCAAACUUACUACUGCCGCUGCUGAGACCUCAGCCAAUAUCAGUUGGGAAUAUGAGGGACCAGAGCUUGUGAACUUUUAUGUUGAAUAUGGUGUAGCUGGCAGUAAAGAAGAAUGGAGGAGAGAAAUUGUAAAUGGUUCUCGGAGCGUCUUUGGGUUAAAGGGUCUAAUGCCAGGAACAGCAUACAAAGUUCGAGUUGGUGCUGAGGGGGACUCUGGUUUUGUGAGUUCAGAGGAUGUGUUUGAGACAGGCCCAGCGAUGGCAAGCCGGCAAGUGGAUAUAGCAACUCAGGGCUGGUUCAUUGGUCUAAUGUGUGCUGUUGCCCUCCUGAUCCUAAUUUUGCUGAUUGUUUGUUUCAUCAGAAGAAACAAAGGUGGUAAAUAUCCAGUUAAAGAAAAGGAAGAUGCCCACGCAGAUCCUGAAAUCCAGCCUAUGAAAGAAGAUGAUGGCACUUUUGGAGAAUACAGGUCUCUUGAAAGUGAUGCGGAAGACCACAAGCCUUUAAAAAAAGGCAGUCGAACACCUUCAGACAGGACUGUGAAAAAGGAAGACAGCGAUGAUAGCCUAGUUGACUAUGGAGAAGGAGUGAAUGGCCAGUUCAAUGAGGACGGCUCCUUUAUCGGACAGUACAGUGGUAAGAAAGAGAAAGAACCAGCUGAAGGAAACGAAAGCUCGGAGGCACCAUCUCCUGUCAACGCCAUGAAUUCAUUUGUCUAAUUUGUGAGCUCUUUGCCAGUAUCCAACUUUUCUCAAAUGUUUAUCUUAAUAAGGACUUGUCUGUCCGCCUUCUCAUACUAUGAACAUAGAGGCAGAAAGUCUGUGUGCUGCUGGGUGUUCAUAUGAUGAGAACUGUCAAAGCAAGAACGUAACUCAGUCAAAUGAUAUCUUAAUGUGAACUGCGGUGCAAAGUGUAUACUUUUUCAUUCAACAUAGGUCAUCUUGAUUUCCUAAGAACUGAUAAAAAAAAUAAUAAUAAUACAACAUCAUCAACAGAUCACCUUCUACCCGCUUUGGGAUACAGUUCAAUAGGUUGCAUGAAAAAUGCUACACCUUUAAAGGAUAUACCUGUGUAUGUUAUUCAAACAUGGGUUGGUACUUUGAUACUGUCCUCCGCUGAACCCCUAAGUAGGACUUCCGUUUUCAUUGUCAAGAGUGUUACUGUAGUAUUCUCUAGAACUUCAAUGUCUUUGUGGACAUUGUCGUGAAAUUGGUGACUCUUAUGUCUAGCUGUCGUUAGUCUUUUUGGGAGACUGUUAGGAACCAUAUGUACAAUAUAUACUUGCAAAAUGAGUUAAUUAUGACAGGUAAAUUUGCUGAUGCUUACUGAGACCCUCUUACCUGCUCUUUGCUCCUCUUACUCCAUUGACCUCUUAAUCAUCAAAGUAUUAUAUUGCUACAGUGUUCUACUUUUUACAUCCUCUCUCCAUUCUGUUAUGUGAUUUUUAGGCAUAAACGAUGUAUAUCGCAAUGCAUUUUGGCACUUGUGCCAGACUGAGAGAAUCUCAAACAGAUCACUCCAAUUAAAUUUCAAAAAUUAUUCCAGAAAGCACAGGGCAAGACAUAUGCAGUGCCUUCAGAUGAUAAGCAUUCCACAAUAUACUGCCUUCUAUAUCAUUUGGUACAGUCAACUCGGAGUCCAAGAUUACUGUCAUUGUCUAAAAGUCACUUGGAAAAGGCAGAGCUCAUGAAGAUGGCAAUGUUGGGGUAUAAAAAGGAACUGUGGCAGUAAAAUGAAGACAAUUUAUUUUAAGGAGCAUUUUCCCCCAUAUGUAUAAAAAGAAAAGUUUUAUCACCAGCUGGAGCAUAUGAUGAUUUUAUGGUUUCUUAUGGUUUCUAUUAAAACAAGUCACAUUCAGUAAGAAAGAUGGGAACUUGGUAGAAAAUUUUUUAAAAAGUUAUUUCCAAAAAAAAGCACAUAAAGCAAAGCAACAGGAAUAUAUUUUUCUCUAAGUCAUGUGGCAGCUUUUGAAACUCUGCAGCAUUAAACAGUGUGUAUGCAAAUUACAUGGAUGCCUUGCAGAAUGUAAGAAAUCUGACAAGUGCUAACAAGGCCAACAGUCAAAGGGAUUACAUCUGUGGUUUGGGAAAUAGGCAUAUAUAUUCUACCAGCUUCAUAAAUAAUAUCUAUCAAAUGGUUUCCUUCCACAUUUGAAAUUCUAUAACAACCUAUGGUUGAAGGAAUGCUCAGUUUCAUUUGCCAAUAAAUUGGUUUCUCAUAACUUGCAUCAAGUUUAAUUUUAAGUAAAGCUUUUUAUAUGUAGAUAUUUUGUUGAAUUUGUAAAUACGCUUAGAGUGUAGAUGCUAUAUGCUUAGGGGUGUUACAUACAAAUAAACAUGCCAACAAUGUUUAUGUUGUACUGUAUAAAAUGUUAGCUAAUUAAUACAGUGUGUGGGAUUGGAAAGCAUUUACUUAAAUGCCUUCUGGGGUUUUAUUUUCUCUUUUUGCUGUGAAACUGAAAGAGUGAACUAUUUUCCAUACACACAGCAGGUUUCUAGAAGAUAUUUUCAGAGCUUUGCCGAAGCACAGUUUGAAGUAAUCCCAGGCAAAGAUGGCCCUACAUAGUUUAAUGUCUCCAGUAUUCACUUUUCACAGAUCAGCCUUUCUUGUGGAAAUCCAGAAAGACCAGACAGGCUUGCCUUGGCAUCAGAGAGCACAAAGAUAAGUUACUUCAAAUUUACCAAUGUAUGGAGGUGGGGUGGAGGGGACAAGAACAGUGUAGUUUUUCCUCUUCCACAAUGGCAGAUGCUAAAUUUAUCUGUGCAUGAAGGGGUCAUUUCUGUACUAGUGCAACAGAGUUUGUAUUAAAAAUGAAAUGUGGUUUUAAAAGUCCUUCUCUCUUUUGUAAUAUAUCAUGUUCCUAGUGGAAUAUGAAUGUCCAAGUCAUGGUCUAGGUAACAGUCCAGGCGGAUGUGACUGGAUUUCCGUCAAAAAAGCAACUGUGAAAAAGUCAUGAUCUCUUUGUGAUUCUUCUUCAAACCUAGAGUUCCUAAUUUUUUAUUCUAUUUUAUUUAUUGGCUGCAUCACAUUGCUUGAAGGAUCUUAGUUGGCUGACCAGGGAUCAAACCUUGGCCCCCGGCAGUGGAAGCUCAGAGUCCUAUCCCCUGGACCAACAGGGAAUUCCCCCUAAUGUUUUAAAAUAUAAUGCAGAGUUUGAUUUUUGCUUUUAAAAGGCAGAGAAAAAGAGCUAAUAAAAGAGGGGCAUAUCAAACAUUGUAAUGCAAAGCAGGAAUAGAUAUUAACCAGCCUCUGGAGAAACAGUCUGAGACGUUAGAUGCUGCUUCCUUUCCUGAAGCCCGAUCACCACGAGCCUGUUCCCUGUUGUCAUCCUUUCUUCUACCUGCCUGGACCGCCGCCAUCUCCAGCCAUGGCAACUGGGUUCCUUAACUUCUCCUGCUUGAUGAAACAGCUUGAGUGUGGACAGGUAGCACUGAUGGAUGUGUCAUCCACCCCCUUCUCAGCAGCCCAGUUCUCCUUGAGUCUCAUACCUGUCCAGCUCUGCAAAUAGCCAAGACCUGGCUUGUUCCUCCGCCUGCCCUUGGUCCCAGGUUUCUACCUGUAAGACCUUGUGUUGUCACAGAGCUCCCCCUCCCUACACAGUUACUUGGAUACCAAUGUGAUACAUGCAUCAACUGAACAAUGCUAAUAGACCCUAUGUAGACCUUAGUCCUUCUACCAUGGAGAGCAUUCACUUUCGAGCAGCAAGUCAGGGUCUCCAGUCUAUACACCAUGGGCCAGAUUCAGUCGACGUCCUCGGACCACAUCAUCAGUCACAGCUCAGUUUAGCAACACGGCCUGGCCAGUUGUAAGCCUGACCACAAAAAGCAUUGGUUUGCUGAUGCAUUCUUGUUCAGAUGGUUUAUAAUGGCCCUGCUUUACUUUUCUCUCUCUCUCUCUUUUUUUUUUUGUGUGUAAAUUUAAUUUUAUUGAAGACCUAAGAUGUGAAAAUUCUAAAAAAAAUGUAAUUGGUAUUUCUGUAAUUUAAAGUAUAGUGAUUAAUUUUACUUUUGUAAUUUAAGUAAUUUCAGCAAGCCUUUUUUUAUCGUUCAGUUCUUUAAGAUCUAUGUUUAUAAAUUGACUUCACAAGUUGGAGAAGACAGUAGAUAACUGAUAUAACCCAGUGUAACCUGGCUUACUUUUAAUGUCUGAUAAAAUAAUUGGAAAUAGCUUGUGGAGGCGAAGGAAAGAAAUGUGAAGAACUGAGACUUCUCACCCCAACUAAGCAUCUCUCUCCUGCUCAUGAGAUUUUUCUACAAAUUGCCACCAGAGGGCUCCCGUACCUUAUGCAAUGUAAAACAAAACAAAAAACUGGGAAAACAGAGCCUUUGGAAAAAUAGUGCCAAGGACCUUUGAUAAUCAGACUGGAUCUGGUCAUGCAGAAAAUGAUUGCCUGAUGUAACUGGGAGAAACGGAGUUGGCAGCUUUCUCUGAGGAAUUCACAACCUCCAUGGAGAGCACCUGUGUCACCAUCAGCUUCAUGAGUAUCUGCUUCCGCGUACGGUGGCCGGGUGGCUGGUGGCCCAGCAGCAGAGCGAAAGGAGGAGGAGUCGGCCCCCUGGCUCCCUCCAGACAACCUCACCUGCAAGCUGGUGGUUGUGAAGGAGGGGCAGGAUCCUAAAAUGGUCCCUCCCUUUUCUCCCCAUCAUGCCAUCUUGUCUGCCACAAGUGGUUUGCUAUUUUGUGGCUGGUUAACACAGUAAGCGCAGUUUAAGCACAGACAGCUUUUCUUGUUCACUUUAGAAAAAGCAGGAGAGGGAAAAGAAUACUCCCAGAGUACUUAAAUCAAAGAAGCAAACUGAGGUAUAAAUGCCGCAAGGGGAAGGCACGGGGUCCAUGAGAGCAAGUGAUGGAGGAGACUGAGCUGUACAGGGUGGUCAGGAGGCUUCCCUGAGAAGCUGGCAGCUGGGGGACACUAGGACCCAGGAGGAGAAGGCAGGAUAAAGCCACUGCCCAGGAGAGGCCCUUGCGUCAGGAGCAGAUGCCCGGGCCAGAGCAUACUGGCCCCUGAGCACCAAAGGGUAGGUUUUUGUAUUUAGUCAACGUGCAGUGGAAAGUGAGGAAUAAUUAAAAAGGUUAAAUAAAAGGGUUAUAUGACCAGAUCUGUUUGUGAAUGAGGUGGAAUUCUUCGGAUUUAGUGUCGAGAAUGGGCUGGAAAGGAGCCAGGAAGGUUGAUAAGAAGCCACUUGGAAGCUUUGCAAUUGUUUAGAUAAGAGAUGAUAGAGGUUGGAUCCAGAUCAUAUCACUGGAGAUGGAGAGAAGUGGGUGGAUUCUAGAGAUAUUUAGGAAGGAAGUUAAUGGGAGUGAUAGAUCAGAUAUGGGAGGAUGAUGGAAAAGGAGAGAUCCAAGAUGAUGCUUAGACUCCUGACUUGCCUAACCAGACAGUAUAUUCCUUUUUUAUUUCUAUAGCCUUCAAACCUCUCCAGUCUCACUCAAUGUGUUCCAGAGACACUGUCUUGCUUCAGCUGUAGCUAUUUAGCUAUUAUCUCAGCGAGUGACUCAACAAACUUUUUUUUAAUCAACAAACUUGUGCCUGUGUUUGUGCGCUUGAGUAGGAGCAAACUCAGCCUGCACACUGGACUCACCUGGGGAGCAUUGAAAGUCCUCAUGCCUGCCCACUCACUCCAUUGUGUCUCUGUUCUGAUUGUCCGAGACAUAGCCUGGCAUCAGAAUUUUUCAAAGCUCCCCGCAUGAUUCUAAUGUACAGACAAGACUGAAACCGGCCUCAAGAAACAUGUUUCUACACUCUUGUAUGUGCAUUUAAAGUAUUUAAUGAACAGUGUUUUGAAUACAUUUCUUGGUACAGGUUGAUCUCAAACUAUCUUGUAUUUGUCCCAGUAAAAUACAACGAUAACAUAUCUAGGGAAAAUGGACUCUACAUCGUUGGUGGAAUUAUAAAAUGGUACUUUGAAAAACAGUUUGGCCAUGUCUUAAAAUUUAAAUAUAAAUUUACCUUCUGACCCAGACAUUCCACUCCUGGUAUGUACUGAAAAAGAAAUGAAAAAAUACGUCUAUGCAAAGACUUGUAUGCAAAUGUUCAAAGGAGCAUUCAUCAUAAUAGCCAAACAACCCAGAUGUCCAGAAACUAGUGAAUGCAUAAAGACAAUGUGGUCUCUCCAGGCAAUGAAACAAUGAAUCCAUAUAAUUAAAUAAGAUACUAGUUAGUAGUUUUUUAAAAGUACUGACACCUGCUGCAACAUAGAGGACCAAGGGUAGCAUUAUGUUAAAUUAAAAAGCCAGACACAAAAGACCACAUACUGCAUGAUUCCAUUUAUUUGAAAUGUCCAAAAAAGCAACUCUAUAAAGACAAAGUAGGUUGUCUGGGAAUGGGAACAGGGAUUACUGUAAAUUGGUUGGAGGGAUUUUUCUAGAUUGAUGUAAAUGUUCUAAAUCUGGACCAGUGCUGACAAUGGCACAACUUGAUAAAUUUACUAAAAAUCACUGAAUUGUAUACCUAAGUGAAUCUGUGGAAUGUAAGUUAUACCUCAAUAAAGCUGUAAGACAAACCA